AUGCCUCAGGAUCUUCCUGGACUGUUUGACAUUGAAAACACCAUCAAUCAUCUACAGGCAUCUCAGCUGAAUGACCCAAAGAAGUACAGUGUGGCAACAGCGCUGGUCCGGGUGCUAGCAGAGAACCGGUUCCCUCCCCUCUUUAACAGAACCACAUACAAGGGCUUCAUCAUCGAGAGCUCCAGCCCUGCCACACUAGUCUCCACCUAUGGGAAUGAGGUGCUUCUCAUCCAAGCCAUAGACCAGGACUUCAUAGAUAGGGUGAAUCCAAAAAUGCAUUACUCUCUCCAGCCCACACCAGCCACCACUGGACUGUACCACAUCACCCAGGAAGGGGUUAUCAUCGCUAAGACUGACCGCCUACGACCUUUUGAGAGGCACAUCCUAGAGGUGGUCGCUAUGGAUGAGGAAUCAGGUGAGGUUGCUAAAGCAUCAGUCGACAUAGAGCUGCUUCAAAGAGGCCAGCCAGUUCCACUGACACCUUUCGGAGAAGAGCGGUUGUUCAGAGAAAUGGAUGUGAGGAUGGCCGGCGGUAUCAUGGGUGGGAUGCUGCUGAUGUUAGUGACCACCCUGUUCCUGCUGAUCCGAUGGGCCAAGAGGAGGAGACGGAGACGUGACCCGGCCGGACGAGGGGCUGUCGCCCUGGGGAAGCACCACAAUGUGGUGAACUCGGGCCGGCCCAUGAUGCCCCUGAUCGAGGAGGUCUCCUACCAGAACGAAGGGUUCAGAAUAAACUACGAGGCCUCAGGAGGUUCCGGAAGCCUCCAUGGAAGACAUGGGGUCUACACCAGGAAACAGUCGCUGAUCCCACCACAACCACGCUCCCACAGCAGCCAUCCAGACUGCGGCUCCAGGACCGUAACAGGUGACAUGCUGCCUAUACUGGUGAUGCCAGAGCCCCUGGUUAAAGCACUCACUCCCUCCCUCAUCUCCAACGGCAGGAAAGCUGACAGCACCAUCAGCACGGGGGCUGUGACGAAAGACGAGAAGGAGAAGAAUAAGCAGAGGGAUAUGGAGAAGGAGGAGGAGAGGGAAUGGGAGAAGGAGUGGGAACGCGCCGUUGGCACAAAAGAGAAGAGAAAUUCCGAGGGGGAAAGGACGGACAAGUCGAGAGAUGUUUUGGGUGCUUCUAGUGGUGCUUCUAGUGAGAAUGCAGAUGUAAGCGAGGCCUCUGAGGACCAAACAAACACAGAAAAGCCUCAGAGCCACAGGAUGAAAACACACCAAAUCAGAGAACCCAAAGACGGACACAAAAGCACUUCUGAAGAGGAGUCUGAGGCUGAAAACCAAUAUAAGACUAUGCACUCUUAAAACCAAUAUAAGACAAUGUGAUCUGUCAUUCAGACGAUUGACACAGCCACGGAGGACGAACCUGGCGACAGGUCCCGUUACUCCAGCAUCAGGACGUCGAGUGGGGAAUCGCAGCGCAAGGGCUCAGCGAAACAAACCGGCGAUCAAGCAAACAGACGACCCACAGAUGCACCAUUCAGACUCACACUCUGGGCUUCAGACUCACAUUGAGGAAGAUGCAAAAGAACUCUAACCAUUUAUUCAAAAAUAAAACUGACAUUAUGGAGCCAAACAAACUCUGUGCACAGACAAACAUUUCUUUAAAUUGUUUUGUUUUCUCUCAAUGUGUUUUCUCUCUCCAAUUCUAAACGAUUAUGUUGGGCCUAAAAGAGCUCAACCACUUUUCAGGUCUUGAUUGAGUAAAUGGACGAAUGUAAAUCUGAGAACAAAAACGUGUUUUCUGUAAAACUGUGUGGGACCAGUCUUAAUGCGAAGGAAGCCAUUCUGUAUUACUUUCAUUUGCAGUGUUGAAGGACCAGUAUUUCAGGAAUUAAAGUCAGAAUGUAAACGCAAGCAACUCUGAAAAUAUAGUUUACCAAGCUACCAAUUACUUCAAACUGGAUGAAGUUAAGCUACAC